ACCGCAUGCCCAGAAGGCUUUGACACAGACAGAGGAAAGGAGAGUAAUCACAAGACUCGCCCAUACCGUUAAACCCAGAUCAAUGUUUGAUUAAUAGAGAUUUGCAUUCGGUUGAUGGAAGGCUGGCUCAACGUUAUGAGUAUUCCAGGAGGAGGCGGGCAAAAGCAGAGACAGAGAGACAUUUGGAGAAUAUAAAAGCAUCAGAUCAGACAACAGGUGCACUUCACAGGUGAUGUACGGCUCCACCCUCUCUUCCAGUCACAGUCUUUUCCGCUUGUCUGUCGUCAUACACCAAGUCGUCUUAUUCACUGGAAGCGCACUGAGAUGUUGGCAACUCUUGAAAACAUACAAUACUUCCAAGAUCUGGGCCCUAGAGAGCCGACGUCUGGAAACCUGGACCUCGACAUGAUAGAGGAGUACCUGCAGGAGCACUCGGUGGACGUGAUGUCAGCACCAGGUGUGCAGAGGAGAAAUCAAGAGGAGCACAGCAUGGCAGAGAACAGCUGGCCUGGACAUUAUACAUACGAAUGGCAUUACGGCGGAGUAGCAGGAACAGAUGAGACGCACGAACAACAACAACAUCCUCCUGCUCCGCAGCAGCAGCAGACGUGGGUCUGUCAGUCCAGUCUCAACGAGUGGGGACACUUCCAGUAUGACAGAAACCAGUACAGCGAUUCAGAUUCGCUGUCCACCAGUUCUGGUUGCCAAGAAUUCCCACCGUCUCCGACCUCUGACAUGAAGGGUCAGAUUGCGUAUGACUCCCUGACCCUAGCACCGCUUUCAGGUAAAAGGAAAGAGCGUCUGUUUCAGUUCUUGUACGAGAUGCUGCAGACACCAGACAUGCGGAGCUGCAUUUGGUGGGUUCAGUCCAACAACGGGACGUUCCAGUUCUCGUCCCAGAACAAGGAGAAGCUGGCCGAGAUGUGGGGCCGACGCAAGGGCAACCGAAAAACUAUGACGUACCAGAAAAUGGCGCGCGCCCUGCGAAAUUAUUCGCGAACAGGGGAGAUCUGCAAAGUGAAGCGUAAACUCACCUAUCAGUUCACCGAGAGAACACUGAGAGGCCUUCAAAACAACAAGAUUCACGGGUAGUUGAUGUGGCACGCACACCAAGAAUUUCUCCUAACUGGGAAAGUGUAAACAAAUACUGAGUAUUUUACAGAAAAUGGUUUUGCCUUUUGUUCAUAAUGUAAUGUGGGCAUGAAACACUUUUUUUCUAAUAUUAUUUGGCUUAAUUGAGGCUCAAUUGAUAGGGGUGUAAUGAUCCGCGUAUCAUUUUUCCGGUCUUUUUAAAUGAUCAGAGUGACCUUCGUUGUCCCCUUGUUAGUGAGGACUUUGGAGUGGACAGAGCACGUGCGUGUCAUUAUGUAGUCGUUUGGACCUCACUCGUCAAAGGGAGCGAUGUUAUUUCCUCAUUAUUUUCAGAGUCGUUUACAAAUUGAGGUGCGACGCUCCCGCGGGCUUCCGUAGGAGCUGAACAAGGCGGAAGUUAAAGCGUGUCAUCCAUCGGC